CUCUCCCGUGGCUAACAAAAACCCUAGCGCGCCGCCCCCUCCUCCUCCUUCUUACCACCAACCUCUCCCCCCACGAUCGCCCUCCUCCCCGAAACUUCUGGAACCGAGAGCAGCAGACGUUAGCUCUUCUCCUCCGAUGGCGGACAAGGAGCCCGUCGUGGACCGCCCCGAGGACGAGGAGGAGGCCUCCGCCGCCGCCGCCGCCGCGGGCGGCGAGGAGGAGGACACGGGCGCCCAGGUCGCCCCCAUCGUGCGGCUCGAGGAGGUCGCCGUCACCACCGGCGAGGAGGACGAGGACGUGCUCCUCGACAUGAAGGCGAAGCUUUACCGGUUUGACAAGGAGGGGAACCAGUGGAAGGAGCGGGGGACGGGCACCGUCAAGCUCCUCAAGCACAAGGAGAACGGCAAGGUCCGCCUCGUCAUGCGCCAGGCCAAGACGCUCAAGAUCUGCGCGAACCACCUAGUUGCUUCGACCACGAAGAUGCAGGAGCAUGCGGGCAGUGACAAGUCGUGCGUCUGGCACGCGGCGGACUUCGCCGACGGCGAGCUUAAGGAGGAGAUGUUCGCAAUCCGGUUUGGCUCUGUCGAAAAUUGCAAGAAAUUUAAGGAUUUGGUUGAAGAGAUUUCGGAAUCACUUGCAAAGACAGAAGGCAAAGAAACCGAGGAAGAUUCGUCUGCCGCUGGCCUUCUGGAGAAACUCAGCGUAACUGAAAAGAAGUCUGAGGAAGUGGCGACAAAGGAGGAAUCGACCGAAGCAGUCAAGGAGACUGACACCAAAUCAGCUGCCACCUCAGAGUAAUCAGCAGUGUGUUACCUCCAGAACACUAGUGCUCGGUGGGAAGGGUAAGUUUGUCAGUGCUUCCCGUCUAUGGAAGUUAAAAGUCGUUAGCCAUGAGCUAUGUUGAGAACAUUUGGGCAGAGUCGGAAGAUGUCAGGGUCAUCUUUACCUAUUGGGCGUUCACUUGUUAUUAUUUAUUUGUUUGUGUAUGGUUUCUGCUUAGAGUCGCAGGUUGGCUUUUGGAUCAGGUCUGUUCGGAUCUCGCUUUUAUCGAGAACACGAAAUGUAGUCCAUGAGUAGGACGAGUUGGAACGUUUUGGGUCCGAGUUACGAGUAUCUUGACAGCAAGAUGUUUAUGGAUGCGUGCUAUUCAUAUAAAUUACAUGAUACCAUGUUCAACUCUAAUCCAGUUGCUAUGGGAAAGACGAUAUUUCAUUUCUA